CCACAACAAACAUACGCGUUGGACAUCUCUCCCGACGGAACCGAACUGGCUACCGGGGGUGUGGACAGAAGAAUUCGAGUUUACACUUUACAACCGGGUUCAUUUGUUGGUUUGCCACACCAUUUGGAUGCCUCAGCCGAGGACGAGUUUCCACCACCAAGUUAUCGGACUGAUCGGAUCAACAUUACCCCAGACGGAGUGGGCAAUCAGGCCAUAACAAAUGAACAAUUACCAAAAUACACGCGUCCACAUUUCCCCGGAGGACGACCUAAUCAGAUAGUGGAUGCGACUGUGCGACGCUAUGUUCUAACCCGUUGCUAUGGGAUUAAGGAUCUGCAAGAUCCGCCAUAUUUACCCGAACCAGCUGCCUAUAUAGGUCACAAGCAACCGGUGCCUCAGUUGAGAGAAUAUGUUCCCACCUCGCCUGGUAUCAACAUCACCGAAGGUCAUUCCAAACGAAUUAUGGCUCUUCGUUAUCAUCCACAACGAUCUGCUCUACUAUUCAGUGCGGGAUGGGACAAUAUGGUCAAGGUAAGCAUGUGUAAUGCGGUGGUGUGGCUGUCACCCACUUCUACUGCUAAAUGA